GUCACGAACUCGCGCUCCGAACACAUUAGUGGACAGCAAUAACGACUUUUUUCGGUUAAAUAUGGUGUCGCUCAUGUCUAAAUCGAAGUAAUUAAAAUUCCGACAGUGUUGUCGAAAAUAAUCAACAAAGUAAUACAAAAAAGUUAGACAUUGUCAUCAAGUUGUGUGCAUUGAUAUGAUAAUAAAUGGAUAGAAAAUAAAAAAGGAAAGUGUUCAAAAAUAGACAAUUAGUGGUUUCGUCGAGAGAGAAAAAUGUUUAUAAUUGAUUUUUUCGAAAAAAUCCAAUAAAAAAAUACGAAACAAUAUGAAAGAUAAGGAAGUCACAAUGCAAUUUGAACCGGAAAUUUUCAAAAAUCAUCAUCACAAGCACAUUGUCGACUACAACACGAAAUACAAGCGAUGCAAUGGCAGCAAUUACUUCGGUGCCGGCAUCGGUGACUUGCGUCGUAGCAAAAGUAGUGAUCGCAGUAACAGCAGUAUCAUCAUAAAUCGCCAUAUUCAUCACAAUCACAAUAGCAGCAGCAGCAAUGCGCCAUCGAGCAAAAAAUCUCUCAGCAGCAAAGAAAGCUCAAGCGGUAGUGCCUUCGACAAUGGCAGUUCGAUAAUUAGCUACGACGACGGCAUGGAUGAUAUUAGUUCGUUCGACGACAGUCGAGGGAACUUUAAUUUGAACAAGCCGAAAAAGGGACAACCCGUCAUCGUGUACGUUGGCGAUGGCAGGAGUCGCGUAAGACGUGUCGUAGCGCAACAAACGCGUCACGUGACUGUCGUCAGUUAUUCGACACGCCACAAGGAAACGAGAUCGCACACGAGUCAUCAUGUGACAACAGUCAGUUUUCCACAAAAAAUCGCAGAUCGACCAUCGCCUGCAUAUUCCUCACACAAUACCAGCACAAAUAGCAGUGUCAGCGGUAGCGGCGGCGUUGGAGGAUAUGUUUAUAUGCAGCAACAACCGUGCUAUUCGUCGCCCCAGUCACACCAUCAUGCACAGACGCAGCUCCAGCAGUCGCAGCAACCAUCGCAUUACCAUCAUCAUCAAAGUGGCAUUAACAGUACAAAUAACGUACAUGUACAUAAUGGGGGCCAUUACCAUCCGAAUCUUACGCCAACGUUACACAAAAAGGGAUCCGUUCGAAACAAUGGCGACGUACUUAAACGGAGUAGGCUCCAAAAUGGGUAUGAGCUCUCACAAGAUUUACUGGAUAAGCAAAUUGAAUUACUCGAACGUAAAUAUGGCGGAAUAAAGGCCCGACAUGCUGCACUUACGAUACAGCGUGCCUUCCGACACUACACGAUGGUUAAGAAAUUCGCCUCAAUUACGGCAAUGGCCAAGGCCGAAAAACGCACGAGCCGGCGGAUGCAAGCGCCAGUUGUGACGGCGCCCGGUACUCCGGGAGCAAUUGCACAACAACAAAUGUUGCAGGCGCAACAGCAGCAGCAGAUGCAACAACAAUAUCAUCAGUUACCAGAAUAUGUGAUCGACGAAAAUGGGCAGCAGCUACAGAUAACGUAUGGCGGCGAUCAGGAAAUUAAUAUUGGCGGGCAGCGAGUUUGUGCAACGAUCCAAGCAGCACCCCAAGGAAACCAAAGAAUUACUCCCAACCGAUCGAUGUCUCUGCGCGAACGUCGUUUGGAUGUGAGUCCCGUACCGCGAAGUCAGUCAGGAAAUGCAUCGCCCGCCCCUCCGCAAGGAUGGAAUCAAAGUCCCGUGCCACAAACGCAACCCCAUUCGCAUCCGCACGUCAAUCUAAUGCAUCAACAGCAUUACUACAGUCCCGGAGCCCCGACACAAUACCAACCGAACUAUCAGACGCAACAAUAUGGCACGCAAUACGGUUCACAAGAACUCAACAUCAGUAUUGGCUCGCAACCUGACUCGACACAUUCUUCCAUGAACUCGUCAUGGAAUUCGAGUCAGAGCCCUUAUACGCCACACUACACAGCACAGCAAAUUUACAUGCGUCCCCGUACUUCAAGUCGCGAUUUGACACCUCCCACAUCGGCAAGUCGCAAAAUGCCGCCCGAAGUCCCGCGUCGUACAUCGAGCAUCAUUUCGCAGCAACAACAACAACGAGGCUUACGUAACGGUUUAUCGAAAUCUUCUGCCGAAAACGGAAGUUUAAGCUCUGUGCAGUCAUCUGGAAGCGAUAGCAGUGCAUCUGUGGACCGAAUGCAACUCGAAAUCGCCUCGGAUCGUUCGAAUUCGCCGCAAUGGAAGCAACAACGGAAACAACCAUUGACAGCGCAAUCCCCGGAUCAUCUCAAUUCGAUGUGCGUUGCUGAUGUCGAGCAUGGCAGUUCUCACACGAGUGCCGCGCAAUUCUCCAUGGAGCAACAAGAUCCCAUUCACGUGACAUCUUCGAACAACUACAAAGUCUCCGAGACAAUCCGCAAGCGUCAAUAUCGCGUCGGACUCAAUUUGUUCAAUAAGAAGCCCGAAAAGGGCAUCGCUUACUUGAUUCGUCGCGGAUUUCUCGAAGAAACCCCUCAAGGUGUUGCUCGUUUCCUCAUCACUCGCAAAGGAUUGUCGCGUCAAAUGAUCGGCGAAUAUUUGGGCAACUUACAAAAUCAAUUCAACAUGGCUGUGUUAGAUUGCUUCGCGGGCGAACUCGAUCUCUCCGGAAUGCAAGUCGAUGUUGCUCUGCGCAAAUUCCAAACGUAUUUCCGGAUGCCGGGCGAGGCACAAAAAAUCGAACGUUUAAUGGAGAUCUUCUCGCAGCGUUAUUGCGUCUGUAAUCCUGACAUUGUGGCACGUUUGCGUUCACAAGACACAAUUUUCGUGCUCGCAUUUGCCAUUAUUAUGCUGAAUACGGACUUGCAUACGCCCAAUUUGAAGCCGGAGCGUCGUAUGAGGUGCGAUGAUUUCAUUAAAAAUUUACGCGGCAUCGACGAUUGUCACGAUAUUGAUCGCGAUUUGUUGAAUGGCGUCUAUGAGAGAGUCAAGGCUAACGAAUUCAAACCCGGAUCGGACCACGUAACGCAAGUGAUGAAAGUUCAAGCGACUAUUGUUGGCAAAAAACCUAAUUUAGCGUUGCCUCAUCGUCGUCUCGUUUGCUAUUGUCGCUUGUACGAAAUUCCAGACAUCAAUAAGAAGGAACGUCCUGGGGUGCAUCAACGUGAAGUCUUCUUAUUCAACGAUUUACUGGUCAUUACGAAGAUUUUUAGCAAGAAAAAGUCGUCAGUCACCUACACAUUCAGAAAUAGCUUCCCUCUCGUCGGCAUGGUUGUCACAAUGCUUGAUGUACCAAACUAUCCAUACUGCAUUCGUUUAUCCCAAAAAGUGGACAAUAAAGUUUUACUCACAUUCAAUGCGCGUAACGAACACGAUCGUUGCAAGUUUGCCGAAGACUUGCGCGAAUCCAUCAGCGAAAUGGACGAAAUGGAGUCCCUUCGUAUCGAAGGCGAGCUCGACAGGCAAAAAUCGUCACGAAAUCGUGGCGGAGAUCGUGCCAACAACUCGGAGAAUCGCGAUAGUGGCGUAGCUGAUGUCGAAGUAUGUGCUGGCACAUUCCAGGCAUCGCCCGUCGAAAGUCAUCCGGAUCAACAGUUGAAACGUAGUGCACUCAGCAAUUCACUUCUUGACAUGCACGAACAAUUUGGAAACGAAAAACCACAACGUCGCGGCAGCGUUGGAUCUCUCGAUAGCGGCAUGUCAAUUUCCUUUCAGUCGACAUCAGCCAGCACCGGAUCCCGGAGCGACACAAAAAUCCGCCUAAUUCAACAUACAACGCCAUCCGGGCAAGUGAUUGUGCAACAAGCGCCGCCGCCGCCAGCUCAUGCCGCACCCACACAACCACCGCAGCGACGCGAACGCAAAUUGUCUCGCUCCGAGGACAGCGCCAGCAACGGAACAGGCCCUUUCGGUCGAUCGACGGAAGUUUAAAAUGUAUUAAAUUAAUAUAAAUUUGCCAUUCUUAUCGUAAAAAAAUAUCAUUAUUAUUAUUCUGGUACUUGUCCCAUAACAUAUAUUAAUGAUAAUAACUUUGUUCUAUUUGUAUUAUAAUUGAUUUUUUUGUACAACUUGUAUUAUAAAGAAGAAAAAAAGUAUAUAUUAGAGAAAAAAAUACAGAAAGACGCCAAUAAUUGACCGACUUUAACUUUAAGUAUAUAAAUUAAUUAAUUAUUUAAUGAAAAAAAUAAUAGUUAAACAAGUACAUUAAUUAAACACCAAAGCAAAAUCAAAUAUAACUAAUAUAUAAUAAUAAACAAAAUAAAU